ACUCGUAAAUUCUUCUCUCCUCUUAUCUACUCGUCUCCUUCGUUCUCUCUACAAAUGGCAUGACCCCGCUUCAACUUACUCUUCACUACCACCACCAGCACCAGCGAUGACUCUCCAGCCACAGCAAACUCACCACCCUUACACCACGUGCCACCGCCACCCCACCACCAAGCCUGUUACUGGCUUCUGCGCCACGUGUCUCUGUGAACGCCUCUCUAGCAUUGAUUCCUCCGCCACCGCUCGUCCUCACAUUCGCCGUACCAAAUCUUACUCCUCCUCCGACCCAAAUGCAGCCCCUGUCUUCGCUUCCGCCUCCGAGCCCCGCCGCAAAUCCUGCGACGUGGGGCCCCGCAAUACGCUCUCCAACCUUUUCAAUAUAGACGACCAAUUAAAUAACAAGAAAAUCUACGGCCACAUAGGCGCGGGACCCACGUUAAAAGAAGAAGAAGAGGAGGAGGAAGAGAUUAUAGUUUGUGAUGCGUUGAUUGAAGAUGAAAAUGCGGGCGAGCUCAAGUCAAUGAAGGAGUUCAUAGAUCUCGAGCUUGAACGCAAGAAGAGUCACGUGAGUGUUUUCUGGGAGACGGCUUCGGUUUUUAGCAAGAAGUUACUAAAUUGGAAGCAGAAACAAAUGCGACGAAAGAAAAAGAAACAGAGCCAUGAAGAAGACAAUUAUAAUAAUAAUAAUAAUAAGGGCAAUGAGAGACCAACAGCAGAGACAGAGACUCAGUCCGAGAUUGGGUUGUACGGAGAUUUCGGAAGAAGAUCUUGCGACACUGAUCUGAGAUUAUCUGUUGAUAAUAAUUUGAGGUACUCGUUUGAGGAACCCAGAGCUUCUUGGGAUGGCUGUUUGAUAGGGAAAGCCAACUCGAGAUUAAUAACGCCAAUGGCGGUUGUUGAAGAGAAGGGUGGUUCGGGGAACGAGGGAGAUAAGGAUAAUCCGGGUGGAUCUGAGCAAACUAGAGAUUAUUAUGGAGAGCCUUUGAAUAUUCAUAGGCGAAGGAGGAGUUUUGAUAGAUGUAGUUCGGGUAAAAGAGCGAGCUUUGUUGAUGUUGAUGAGGAUAAUUUGAUAUCAAACGCCAAGGUGUCUCCUAAAACUGUUGGUUUGUUUCAUGGAGCCAAGUUGUUGGUUACGGAGAAAGAGCUUAGGGAUUCGAAUUGGUAUUCGAUUAAAGAAUACCGAGCAGAGUGCGUUGAAUCUGAGUCGAAGCAUGUUGGUUAUAACGAUGCCGAGGUGGGUCAAAAGGGGUUUAAUUUUAAGAAGUCAUUGAGGUGGCUCAACGUGUGGAAUAUGUGGGGUUUAAUACAGAAGAGAAGCGAAAGUAAAUGUGGAGAUGAAAGGAAUGUGCAUCGUGUGGUUGAUGGAGCAUUAGCUAUGUCAUUGCAAAAGAUUAAAAGAGUGGCGAAUGGAGAACCAAAUGGAACAAUUAGUGAGAAGCUUAUUCGGAGUUAUAGUGUUGGUGCUACGAGCCCUUUGAAGGUGGAUGGUGUUGAAGCUAAAGACAAUGGUGGGAGGAGAAGAGAUGAAAUUCUGCUGCAGAGGAACAGGAGUAGCGCCUUUUCUCCUAACAACCUUGAUAAUGGCUUAUUAAGGUUCUACUUGACACCUGUGAGGAGUUACAGGAGAAACAAAUCUGGAAGAAAUAGGUAAAGAAUUCACAAUCUAUGACCAUGAAUGGCUUGUAAAGGUUCAUCACUUGUUCUUCAAUGGAAAAUUUUGUUGUUGUAAAGAUAUGCAUAUGCCAAUUCCUCUUUUGUUUAAUGGAUAAAUAGGAUAGCAUAUCAUAUUGUCUUCCUUCUUAUGUUUAACAUCUUCUAUAAUAAGUAAUAACCAUGCAGUUCAAAUUUUCUGGUUUA